CACUCAACGCCGUUGCCCUGCGUCACUUCCUCCCCACGUGAAACGCUCAGUACAUGUGAGGAGAAUUAUCCACAUUCAUUUACUGCAGGUUUGUUCGCGUUUAAAGGCCGCUAAAUCAUACAUAGUCAUCUAAUGAUUAUCGAUAGCAGCACUAUGGAGUCUGAAGAUGAGGAGUCUCUGCUCGGGCAGGAGUCCGAGGAUGAGAACAGUGAAUUAUCAGACAGCGAGCUUCAAGAAGCCUUUGCAAAGGGGUGGUUGAAACCAGGGAUGAACGUUUUGGUGGAUCAAGCCAAAAAGCAUGUCAACAAUGUGGAGGGUUUGAAACAAUGCCUCGCUGGCUUCUGUAAAGACCUCCCCUGGGCGGAGAGGUUGGAUAUGACCAACCUGCCGGCUGAAGACGUUAUUUACAAAGCAGAAGGGAAAAAACCAGCUGUAAAGAGUGGAGAUGUCAAUCCAGAUGAUGAUUUCCAGAGAGAGAUGUUAUUCUACCGUCAAGCUCAGGCUACAGUACUAGAUGCGUUGCCUCUCCUGAGCAAACAUGGCAUACCCACCAAGAGGCCUGACGAUUAUUUUGCAGAGAUGGCCAAGUCUGAUCAGCAAAUGCAGAAGAUCAGGAAAAAGCUUAUCUCAAAGCAGUUGAUACUGGAGAAGUCGGAGAAGGCAAAGAAACUGAGAGAGCAAAGGAAGUUUGGCAAAAAGGUCCAAGUAGAAGUGAUUCAGAAGAGGCAUAAAGAGAAGAGAGAUAUGAUGACUGCUGUGAAGAAAUUCCAGAAAGGAAUGACCGACAAACUGGAUUUCCUGGACGGAGACCAGAAGAAGCCUAAAGAGCCUUCUCAGGCCCAAAACAAAGUGGCAAAAGACAACAAGAAGGGCCCCAAUGCCAAGAGGAAGUACAAGGACCAGAGGUUUGGCUUUGGAGGCAAGAAGAAGGGAAAGAAGUGGAACACCAAGGAGAGCCACAACGAUGUUUCUGGUUUCCGCGCCAAAGUCGCUAAUGCAAAGGGUGCCAAGGGGGCCAAGAAAGGUGCCAAAGGAGGAAAACAAAAUAAACGCCCUGGCAAAUCUGUGCGCAAGCAGACUAAGUCUCGCUCGUAAAAACUGACUGCGGCGGGUCAAUUGGCUGGACUUGGACCUUGUUUCUAGGCAGGAUUUCCCUCACCUGCUCACCAGUCUCUCCUCCACGUACAUCAUGAGACUUUAGGAGAACAUGGACUUUAAUUCUAAGCUUUUAGUACAACACACCUCCGUAACAUGUCUGGAUUGAUAUGGAGGACCCUUCAUGCCACACAGAGAGAUCCUGCCAUAUUGCUAAGGCAGCUAAUUGAAGGACAUGACUGUCAAAAUGGUAAACCCAAGAGUGGACUACAUAAGAGUUAAAAAAAAUAAGAGAACAUGUCUUUUCUUCUUAAGGGUUGUUAAAGGCCAAUUGUCUUUUGGCAUGAUUUAAUCCUCUUUCUGUGAUUACACCUCAGUGUGUACACCAGCCUUGACGCUGUCUGACUUACAGUGUGUGUGCUCUCUUCGGAGUUUGUUGUGUUCUGUUUUUUUUUUUUUUAACUCAGCUUCUUGACUCAUUGAUUCUUUCAUGUGACAUGACAUUUUAUAUAUUGAGCGCCUGUUCGUUUUGCCCUUUCCUGUUCAUUAUAAUGAUUAGUAUGUGAUGUGCAAGGGUGCUUCAAAUAGACCUGUGCAAAUGUUAUCCCUGCAAAUGAUUUCCCUUUGCUUGCUAAAAUGGAAAUACACAAUGUAGCCUCUGGUACCUGUAUGUUUAUAAACAAAUAAAGUCGGAACAUAGGUUUCUUAUUG